UUGUGUUCUUUGUACAACCCAGACAAGGGGUAAAACUGGAAAUCUAACCCACGCCACGCCCUCUACAGUCGGCACAUUUCACUCUCCGAUCUGAGUUUCGAAGGCACUCCACUCUCUCUCUAGACUCCAUCCCUUCUCAACCCUAUCCGCGGAGAUGCAGUUCUCGUCCCCACCCACUUAUCCUUCCGCCUGAAAUCCAAAGGGCAAAAGCUUUGCUUGUUGGUAGGUAAUCAUGGCAACGAUUAGGAGCUUGAAGAUCAAGUCAUCAACCUGUAAGAGGAUUGUCAAAGAGCUACACUCCUACGAGAAGGAGGCCGAGAGAGAAGCUGCAAAGACGGCUGAUAUGAAGGAGAGAGGAGCUGACCCGUACGACCUGAAACAACAGGAAAACGUGUUGGCUGAGUCAAGGAUGAUGAUUCCGGAUUGCCACAAACGUUUGGAGGCUGCAUUAGCUGAUCUGAAGGCAACUUUGGCGGAACUGGAAGAGGCAAACGAGAAGGAAGGCCCGGAAAUCGUCGAUGCCAAGAACACUGUGGCAGACGUUGAGAAGCUCUUCCACACUGAAGAUGCCUGAUUUUGUCUGCCCCUUUUCUGGUCGUAAAGGGAUGCAAAUGCCGAGGAUUCAAUCUUUGCAGAUGUGUGGACUGUUUUUCGGGAAAGACCGAUCUUUUUUUGUGUGUGUGUAAAAGACCUGAUGAGUUCAGUCAUUCUAGCAAGUAGCAACUAAAGUAGUGAGAAGCUUUUACAUGAACCGGCCAUCAGACUCGGUUUGUCCGUAUGGAUGAUCCUUCCAGCUUAAAUUGUGACAGAUUGUCUUCUGCUUUUCGCAUGUUCACUCUUUUCGGUUUCUGCAUCUCA